CAAAUUUUUAUUAUGAAUUAUUAUGUACUGAUACAUCAACGUUUUAAAAUCUAAUAUUCGUUCUCUUGGAAUCCCCUAACCGAUAAGUUAAGACAGUUACCAUAAGAGCAGUCUGUCAUAAAAAUUUUAUUGCAACGAUCGACGGCUGAUGAAGAUGAUCCUAUUUUGGAUAGAGUACAACACAUUGUAAGGGAAUAACGCGGCCAAAGAAAAAGAAGCAAAGAGGCGCAUCGCGUUAAAGCGCCAAAGGUUGCACGCGAAGCGGCGCCACGCCCGCCCCACCAUCGCUGCGCUGAUAUUCCGUCGGGGCAGAGGGGCAGAUGUAAGUCGGCGCAGUCGCUCGCCGCGUUUUAUGCAACCAGUCUUGCUUCGGAGCGAGUGAGUCUACUCGUCCAGCCUUUGACAGACGAGGAAAGUGUGUGUGCAGUGUCUGUCUGGCCGUUUUUCGUAGGUCGGUCUUUCUCGAUCGUAAGGCUGACCGUCUCGUUGUGGUAACCGAUUCGAGCGGAUCCGGUUUUCUUUGUGCCGAGGUGGACGGCACAGCAGGCGUGUUAACGUCCCUGCUACGUAUUACCGUCAGUUGUAUACGCUGACUUUAGCCGGCGUGAGCAAGCGAAAGUUUAAAGGCGGUGUCGAUUGUGUAUUCGGCUCCGUUGCCAUCGUGCGAUCCCGCACGCACGGUUUACCAACAUAACUCCGUUCUACGGUUACGGACUGGUGUCUACUGAUCGAGUGCCAGUGCGACCACGGUCGGCCGUGAUACACGGCUGUAUUAUCCGCGAUUGUGUGCCGCCUAUAGAUGUGUGUUUGUGCGUAACGUGUGCGUAGAGGAGAACGUAUCGCCGCUGCUCCGUGACGGAAAGAGACAGCGCGAGAAGAGAGGGUGGGAGAAGCGAACGGCCGUGAAUCCACGAUUCGUGGCUACGUUCACGCCGCCGCGUAUUCCGCACGGCACGACACGAAACGAAACACACGACAGCAACGACGUGCUCGGACCAAGCCACACGAGACGCGAGAGGAAAGAGAUUGCACACCUUCACGAAUUAUUACGAAUUCGCAUAGCGUUGACGCGCCUUUUGGCGCGUUUACACCCCUCGUUCGGUCGACUCACUCGGCCUCCUCGUCGCCACUAUGGCGGACGACGAGGUUCUCUUCGACGAGGUUUACGAGCUCUGCGAGAUUAUCGGCAAGUGAGUAACGAAAUCGUGAGAAAGAACGAGACAGCUGUGCUCGCAUCGGUGUGUGUCGAUGAGGGGGGCAGUUGUGUCGAAAUGAUAGAAAGGGAAAGAGAUGUAUGACACAUCGUUCGAUGGGGACCUUUCAGCGUCGUUAGGAAAUGCAUUCACCGACAAACAGGGCAGACGUUCGCUGUAAAAAUCGUGGACGUUGCGAAGUUCACCUCCAGUCCGGGUCUAAGCACGAACGAUUUGAAACGGGAGGCCACAAUAUGUCACAUGUUGAAACAUCCCCACAUCGUAGAAUUACUGGAAACCUACAGUUCGGAGGGUAUGCUGUACAUGGUAUUCGAAUAUAUGGAUGGCUCUGAUUUAUGUUUCGAGGUCGUUCGCAGAGCAACUGCUGGAUUCGUGUACAGCGAAGCAGUUGCCAGCCAUUAUAUGCGACAGAUCCUGGAGGCGCUGCGCUACUGCCACGAGAACGACAUAAUUCAUCGUGAUCUAAAGCCGCAAUGCGCCCUGCUCGCGGGCAAGGAGAAUUCUGCCCCGGUGAAGUUACGCGGCUUCAGCGUCGCCGUGCAACUACAGUCGUCCCAGGCGAACGGCAUCGAAUGUUACACGACCGAGUAUCGGCAGUGUCUGAGCCCAAAGGGGCAGCUCUACUUGAAGGCCGACAGCGAGGGUCGUGUUGGGUGUCCGCACUUCAUGGCGCCGGAAGUGAUCCAGCGCAGACAGUAUGGGAAACCUGGUGACGUCUGGUCAGCCGGAGUGCUACUCCAUGUCCUACUAACUGGUACACUUCCGUUCGUGGGUUCUCGAGAUAGACUGCGAGAAGCAAUUUGCAGAGGAAGAGUUCAGAUGGAAACACCACCUUGGGACUGUAUCAGUGAACCGGCAAAGGAUCUCAUACAAAGGAUGCUCACUACGGACGUGAAUCACAGGAUUACUAUUCAGGAAGUCCUUAACCAUAAAUGGCUUAGAGAUAGAGACAAGGGCGUGGCCCGGAUACAUUUAGCUGAAACUAUAGAAGAACUUAAGAAAUUCAAUGCAAGACGAAAACUGAAGGAAGCUGUGAAGGCGGCUGUGUCGUCGUCAAAAUGGCACGCACCGUAUUCGGAAGUUAAUGGCGACAGCUUUUUCGAUAUUGGAGACGAUGAAGUCACGACCACAGGUGCAGUAGCCGAAAUUUUAGACUCUCUGGAUGAUAUUGAAGUACUUCAGGAGAGUGGAAGACUGACGCGUGUAGAAAUAUUGAAUGCGGUGGAUGAUUAUCGUCUUCGAGCAAUCUUAGAGCUUUACGACCGAAUUUCGACUCGCGUCCCAACGCCAUGUCGGGCGCCACAGACGGACGCGGUUCAAAGAGCGCGGGAAGUUGAAGAACUUCUUCGGGAAAUUGAACAUUCUGCAAUACGAACCAUCGACAGAUCGGACCUUCGGGAGCUUCACGAACUUCUGGUCCAGCCGCAUAUGAGGGCGCUUUUGCAAGCACAUGACGUAGCUGGACACGAAGUUUACGGUGAAGAAGCAACCAGAGUAACUCCACCGCCUCUACUUCCAUACCUAAACGGAGGCGAUGAUCUCGAGGGCCAAAAUGGCGACUUGGAUCUCGAGAAUGUAACACGCGUCAGGCUGGUCCAGUUCCAGAAGAAUACUGAUGAGCCAAUGGGAAUCACUUUAAAAAUGAACGAGGAUGGGAAAUGCGUGGUGGCAAGAAUUAUGCACGGUGGAAUGAUACACAGACAAGCGACACUUCAUGUCGGCGAUGAAAUCAGAGAAAUUAACGGAAUACCGGUGGCCAAUCAAUCUGUCAAUGCCUUGCAAAAGAUACUCCGAGAAGCACGAGGUUCGGUGACCUUCAAAAUCGUGCCGUCUUACAGGAGCGCACCGCCCCCCUGUGAGGUACAAAUUUUCGUUCGAGCUCAAUUCGACUACGAUCCGUUAGAGGACGAGUUGAUACCCUGCGCGCAAGCUGGGAUCGCGUUCAAAACCGGCGAUAUCCUGCAAAUCAUCAGCAAGGACGAUCAUUAUUGGUGGCAGGCGCAGAAGGACAACGCGGCCGGUUCCGCGGGAUUAAUCCCUUCGCCUGAACUUCAGGAACGUCGGAUCGCGUACAUGGCUAUGGAAAAGAACAAGCAGGAACAAGUGAAUUGCUCAAUAUUUGGCCGGAAGAAGAAGCAGUACAAGGAUAAGUAUCUCGCGAAACACAACGCAGUCUUUGACCAGCUGGAUCUGGUCACCUACGAAGAGGUCGUUAAGCUUCCUUAUCCCGCAUUUCAGCGGAAAACAUUAGUGUUACUUGGAGCACAUGGUGUUGGUCGUCGUCACAUAAAGAAUACAAUUAUUGCGAAGCAUCCUGACAAAUAUGCCUAUCCUAUUCCACAUACAACGAGGCCUCCGCGGAACGACGAAGAAAACGGACGCAAUUAUUAUUUCGUAUCGCAUGACGAAAUGAUGGCUGACAUAGCUGCUAAUGAAUACCUCGAAUAUGGUACACACGAAGAUGCCAUGUACGGAACGAAACUCGAAACGAUUCGCAAAAUACACGAAGAAGGCAGGGUGGCGAUAUUGGACGUGGAGCCACAAGCUUUAAAGGUGUUACGCACAGCAGAAUUUGCACCUUAUGUUGUUUUCAUCGCCGCUCCGGUGUUCCAGAAUAUUACCGAUUGUGAUGGAAGCCUGGAAAGACUAGCGAAGGAGUCAGACUCGUUGAAGCAAGCGUACGGCCACUUUUUCGACUUAACCAUCGUAAACAACGACAUCGAGGAGACGAUCGCGCAGCUGGAGGCGGCCAUCGAGCGGGUUCACACGACACCUCAGUGGGUGCCAGUGUCGUGGGUCUACUGACAGCGAACCUCUCCAGUUCGUCAAAUCACCCACUGCAACGGCUCGUCGAAUGUG